CAUCAUCCUGCGGUGGAGGGUCGGUGACGUCGCAGAAUAAGCCACUCCUCUCCAGAGAGCAGCAACCGGAAAAUACCCAUUGGCUGAGGAAUGCGGCGACGUUAAGGCUCAUUAAUUUGAAGUCAGCAAAUCAUGGCUGGCUUCAGGCAGGAGGAUGUGGAGAUCUACUAUGACAUGGGAGAGGAGUUAGGAAGUGGCCAGUUUGCCAUUGUGCGUAAAUGCAAAGAAAAGAGCAGCGGAACUGAAUAUGCUGCCAAGUUUAUCAAGAAGAGGCGUCUGUCCUCCAGCAGACGAGGCGUGAGCCGGGAGGAGAUUGAGCGCGAGGUGAACAUCCUUCGGGAGAUUCAGCACAGCAACAUCAUCACACUCCAUGACAUCUUUGAGAACAAGACCGAUGUGAUCCUGAUCCUGGAGCUGGUGUCUGGAGGAGAGCUCUUUGACUUUUUGGCUGAGAAGGAGUCACUUACUGAGGAGGAGGCCACGCAGUUCCUCAAGCAAAUUCUGGACGGAGUUCACUACCUCCACUCUAAACGCAUCGCUCAUUUUGACUUGAAGCCUGAAAACAUAAUGCUGUUGGAUAAAAAUGUGCCGAACCCCAGAAUCAAGUUGAUCGAUUUUGGAAUUGCACAUCAGAUUAAGGAUGGAAAUGAAUUUAAAAACAUCUUUGGAACUCCUGAGUUUGUUGCACCGGAAAUUGUAAAUUAUGAACCCCUUGGGCUGGAGGCAGAUAUGUGGAGUAUUGGAGUUAUCACUUAUAUACUCUUGAGUGGGGCUUCUCCAUUUCUUGGUGAGACCAAACAAGAAACACUUACCAAUAUUUCAGCAGUCAACUAUGACUUUGACGAAGAGUACUUCAGCAACACAAGUGAACUCGCGAAGGACUUCAUUCGGCGACUGCUCGUCAAGGAUCCCAAAAAGAGAAUGACAAUCGAGGACAGUCUCCAGCACUCGUGGAUCAAGGUCAUUAAGAGACGAAAUGUUCGACCCGAAGAGAGCGAGCGCAAGCCUGAACGCAGGCGUCUGAAGACCACCCGUCUCAAAGAGUACACCAUCAAAUCCCACUCCAGCAUGCCUCCCAACAACACCUACAUCAACUUCGAGCGAUUUUCCCAGGUCAUGGAGGAGAUCGCAGCGGCCGAAGAAGGUCUGCGAGAGCUGGAGAAAAACCAACGAUCGUGUGGCGAGGAUGUGACCGCUCUGCUCUCAAUAUAUGAGGAGAAGGAAAGCUGGUACAAAGAGGAGAACGAAAGCAUCGCCGCAGACCUCAGUCAGAUCAAACAGGAGCUGCAGAAAGCACAAGCCCUGCGCAGGCAGAGCCAGGAGGAGGCACGCGCAGCCAUGCUGUCAGCUAAUGCCCUCAAACGCAAAUUCGGACGACUGGAGAACCGAUACGAAGUUCUGGCUGAGCAGAUGGACUCCGAGGUGCGCUGGGUGGAGGAGCUGGUGCGCACCAUUUCAGCUGAAAACCACACUCGCAGCACCAGCAUGGCUUGAGGUUUGCUUUUUCAAUCUAAUAAUGGCUAUCUACUAUCUUCGCUUGGUGUGUUCAGAGAUAUAUAGUGUUAAAAGAUUAGUUCACAUCCAGAAUUGACAUUUUUUUUAAUGAUUUGUUUGCCCCCUUUUCAUCAGAGUUAUUCAUUGCUUUCUUUAGUCGAUAAGAAAUCAAGAUUUUAAGGGAGAAUAUGCUGGAUUUUUUUCUCUUCAUAUAGAGGACUUCUAUGGUCUUCAGUAGUUUUUAAACUACUCUAAAAGAUUUCAGAUGAGGAAUAAUAGUCUUACCCAAAGAAAUCUGAUAUUUAUGUUUAAAAGUUUAUGAUCUUCUAAAUAAUGACUAAUCGUUUUGCUUAUUUUUUCGUCUGUGAAAUCCUUUGAAGCUGCAUGAAAACAGCAGGUUGGAUGUUAAAUCCACUGAGUACAAUAGAAGUCCAAUAUAUUGAGAAACUUCACGUUUUCCUCAAAAACCUUCAUUAAUUUUCAACUAAAGAAAGUAAGAAGAAAGGGAGCGAGUAAAUUACCAGGAAACUUCCAUUCAGAAAGUGAACUAAACUUUAAAUAUUGCGUUAAGCUUCAUGUAAUCCUGUAGGGUUCGUGCUACUCUUAGAACAAAUGCUCGAUCGGUUAAAAAUGUUUUUCCUCUAAAGGUGAGCAUGCAUUAAGAAUGAGCUGUUCGCUUGUGCAAUAUACAGUAGUAUCAGUUUGUUGCAGCUGAAACGAACAUUUAGCUUGUGUACUCGCAGCCUCAAUUAUACAUGCUGGAAUAGUCGAUAAAAAAUAUAUAUAUAUAUUUAAGAUUUGAGAAUCAAUUACAGCACUCAACACAAAGGAUAUUAAUGUACAUUAAAAGUAAUGCACUACACCAGUGUUUCUCAACCACGUUCCUGGAGGACCACCAACACUGCAUGUUUCGGAUGUCUCCUUUGUCUGUUACACCCAUUACCGGUCUUUCAGUCUCUGCUAAUGAGCUGAUGAAUCAGGUGUGUUUGGUUAAGGAGACAUGGAAAAUAUGCAGAGCUGGUGGUCCUCCAGGAACAGGGUUGAGAAACAUUGCACUACACAAUCCUCUAUGAGGAAUUUUAAGAUGCCAAUUGAUUUGUGGUGCUGCAUGUCUGCUUUCCUAUGCAAAUCAGAUCCUUAUUUUAUGAUGUGAGAUAAAUUAAAUUACUUUUAAAAUGUAUAAUGGUCCUAAAUGCUGUCUUUGGGUGAGCGGUAGAUAUAUAUAGUACUUGGUAAGCUGCUUCAAUUUAAAGGAAUAGAUCACCUCAAAAUUUGUAUUAUUAUUCACUCUCAGUUCUUUCCACGUCGAGUAUGACUUUAUUUCUAUUAAGGAAUGUAAAGGUUAAAAUUGUUUUGGACUUUCAUAGUAUGUACAAAACAGUUUGCGGUUUGCUAAACAAAGUCAUACAGGUUGGGAAAUGACACGAGGGCAAGUAAAUAAUGACAGACUUUUAUUUAGUUUUUUGCAUAAAGCGCACUUCGAACAUUCCAUUUUUUUUGUGUGUGACAUUCCAUAUGUAAAUGAGCAUAAUUAUCUCUCAGGAAAUAAUUGUGCUCGUUAAAGUCAUGGCAAUAUCUGUUUGCUUACAGUACUGUAUCCAUUAUUGUGUCGUUUUAUUACGUUUAUAUAAACAUACGAAAAACCCAUUCGAAUAAAAGUACUGAAGAAGAC